CAGAAAACCAUUGCUCGCAGGAUCCGGAUAUGUCGUUGAGCACGAACAGCUCCGUCAAGGAGGAUGAAGCUCAACGGAUCGAAGGAAAAGCAUUUGUUCGUCGUGGUGCACUUCGCCAGAAAAAUGUGCAUGAAAUCAAAUCGCACAAAUUCAUUGCAAGGUUUUUCAAACAGCCAACGUUCUGCUCACAUUGCAAAGAUUUCUUGUGGGGUAUAACAAAACAGGGAUUUCAGUGCCAAGUAUGUACCCUUGUGGUACACAAGAGGUGUCACGAGUUUGUCAAUUUCGCAUGUCCAGGAGCAGAUAAAGGAGUAGAUACCGAUGAUCCUCGCCAGCAGCAUAAAUGGAAAGUUCAAACAUACUCAUCGCCGACGUUUUGCGAUCAUUGUGGCUCUUUGCUCUACGGUAUUCUGCACCAAGGCAUGAAGUGCCAAUCUUGUGACACAAAUGUGCAUCACCGAUGCGUCAAGAAUGUGCCGAACAUGUGUGGUACCGACAAUACAGAGAAGAGAGGUAGACUACGAAUUGAAGCACACAUCGAGAAUGAUCAGUUAACCAUUAAAAUUCUGGAGGCGAAAAACUUGAUUCCAAUGGACCCCAAUGGAUUGUCUGACCCUUAUGUGAAGUGCAAACUGAUUCCGGAGGAUUCGGGAUGCAAGUCAAAACAGAAAACUAAAACAUUGAGAGCUACUCUUAACCCUCAAUGGAAUGAAACUUUUACUUAUAAACUGCUACCAGGAGAUAAGGAUCGGCGGCUUUCUAUUGAAGUUUGGGACUGGGAUCGUACAUCUCGAAAUGACUUCAUGGGAAGCUUGUCGUUUGGUAUUUCAGAACUUAUGAAGGAAGCAGCGUCCGGUUGGUACAAACUGCUCAGUGCGGAAGAAGGAGAAUUCUACAAUAUCAACAUCACACCUGAAUACGACGAAGAUAUGGAAAAAGUGCGCAAGAAGAUGAAUGAAAACUUUAUCACACGAGACAACAGUUCUUCUAAGCCAAAAGACCCGGCUGCCCCAAGAGCUAGUACACUUCCUCUCGGCAGUUCCAAUCACAACGUGAUCAAGGCUUCUGACUUUAAUUUCCUCACUGUUCUUGGAAAAGGAUCGUUUGGAAAAGUGUUGCUUGGCGAACAAAAAACAACAAAAGAGCUGUUUGCGAUCAAAGUGCUCAAGAAAGAUGUGAUUAUUCAAGACGAUGACGUGGAAUGCACAAUGACUGAGAAGCGCGUCCUUGCUCUUCCGGAAAAACCAUCAUUCCUUGUUGCUCUGCAUUCGUGCUUCCAGACCAUGGACCGUUUGUAUUUCGUGAUGGAAUUUGUAAAUGGUGGUGAUCUGAUGUAUCAAAUCCAGCAAGUUGGGAAAUUCAAAGAACCAGUUGCUGUUUUCUACGCUGCUGAAAUUGCCGUCGGUCUGUUUUUCCUUCACUCAAAAGGUAUCAUCUACAGAGACUUGAAAUUGGAUAAUGUUAUGCUCGAACGAGACGGGCAUAUAAAGAUCACCGAUUUUGGAAUGUGCAAGGAAAACAUAUUCGGAGACGCCACGACAAAAACAUUCUGUGGAACUCCGGACUACAUUGCUCCUGAGAUUAUUCUAUAUCAGCCUUAUGGAAAAUCUGUGGAUUGGUGGGCUUAUGGUGUCCUACUAUUUGAAAUGCUUGCAGGACAACCACCAUUUGAUGGAGAAGACGAAGAUGAACUUUUCACAGCUAUCACCGAGCAUAAUGUGUCCUACCCGAAAAGUCUAUCCAAAGAAGCUGUGUCUUUGUGCAAAGCAUUGCUCAUCAAAAAUCCAUCAAAACGAUUGGGAUGUACUGGAGACGAUGAAUCAGCGAGUAGAGAUAUUAAGGAACAUCCAUUCUUCCGCCGCAUUGAUUGGUUCAAAAUUGAGACUCGUCAAAUCCAACCACCAUUCAAGCCAAAACUGAAGACCGAUAGGUCAACGGAAAACUUUGACCAUUCGUUCCUCAAAUUGCCCACCAAAAUGACACCGCCGGAUUGGGAAGUUUUGGAAAAUCUCAAGGGCGACGAGUUCAGCAACUUUUCAUUUGUCAACCCGUUUUAUGUCAAAGAUGUAGAACCGUGAUCAUAUUAUUUUUAAUUAUUUCUUCUCCUGGUAUUCUAUAUAUAAAUACUAACCCUCUUCUAAUUAACAUUUCACUGUUUUUCAUUUGUAUCCAGUUUCAUUGUAAACAUUUUCACAAUAUAUGUAGUUUAUUAUCGUCUGUCCGUUGGUAAAUUUUUGAAUUUCACAACUAAGAAAGCGUUAUAAGGAAAGAUGUUUUUGUGGAUUGAAUCUUUUGAUUCAAGUGGAUUUUGAUUGUUCUGUUUUUCGAAAAAUUUAUUGAGCCAAACUAAAUUUAGUUUACAGUUUGAGAAAAAUGUGAUCUGCAAACUAAAUACUCAAAUAAUUGAACAGUAAAGACAUGUUCAUUAAAGCGCUUCUCCCCACGAUUACGAAAUAAUUUUUACUCAGUUAUUUGAACUACGGCGGACAUUGAAAAAAAUCCCACGAACCGAGUUAUUUCUAAUAUACUAAAAAUUGAAUUUAUGAAUUUCAAUUUUAACGAUUUGCAAAUUUUGAAUCUCGGAUCUGUUGUGAGUUUUAUUUCAAUUCCCGUAACUAUGUUGUUUUCAAUUUUUCAUCUACCCCUCUCAAAACUUAACCAAACACUAGUAUCCUGAUGAAACUCUGAACCAAGUCAAAUAAACAAAAAUCACAUCAAAUCAAUUCUGCUAUUUCUAGCCAUAUUUUUUAUGUACUAUUUAUUUUCUUAAUUUUGCGUCCUUUUUUAUUGCUUCCAUAUCUUUCACAUCUUCAACUUACACUCUCCGCCAUUCAUUCCCCACUUCUAUUACUAUCAGCUUCUGUUUUUUUUAAAUUUCUUUUUAAAAACAAUUUUUCUCAGUCUCCCUAUAAUAAAAUCAAAGUUUUGCU